AACUUUUUUUUAUGUAGUUUUUAUAAGACUUAAGCUUUAUGAAACAAAAUAAAGCCUCAUCUGAAAUUCUCGUCUUAAAAGUAGUCUAAGAAUAAAAAAAUCGUCAUGAUGCCUCUAUAAUCAAUCUUCAUGUUGCCUCUAUGUAGAUGUUACAUAUCCAUGAACACCUAUUUUUAGGGCGAAAUGAACAGGCUAGAUAAUGUGUUAAAAGCUUAAAAUCAUAAUAUUUUUCAACAACCUCAAUGGUUAGAGCAGAAAUGAUUGAUUUGAAUGUUUUUAGAUGCCAGAUCUACAAAUUUUUGUAAGCUACAGAGCAAUGACAAAGAGGAACAGAGUGAGGCAAGCAGUACAAGCCCUCAAACCGGAAUUAGAGCAGUUGCAGAUAAACGAGGUCCUGUAUCUUCACUCUCUAUGGGACCAAGGUCCCAAUCCCAACCCUAACCGUAACCCUAGGCACUCUCUUUCCACCAUUAAUGUCUCCCCCUUGAAGAGGACGCGCAGGAAGAAGCAAAAGAAGGGGGCGCGUUCGUUGGAGGAGAAAAAGCCAUCCGACUCAGGGCCUCAGACUUUCUUUCAUGUCCAGAAUUCUAACAAGGAGUGGGUCUUUGAACCCCCUCCUAAACCACCUUCCGAGCCUCGCCCAUGGCAUGAAGUCGAUUGGAGUUCUUUGGAUCAGGGACAUGUUGCCAAAGAGCCAAAACUUCUUUCUGAUGAAGAAAUGUCUAGGGUUUUGGCAAUUCAAAUGCAGAAAAGGUGCCUGAAAUCUUGGCAAGAAAUUGUUACCUCUGAUAAGGCCUGCUCUUCUAACAACCAUUCAAAAGAAGAGGAGGUCGAAGAAGAAGACGAGGAAGAGGAGGUCGAAGAAGAAGAUGAGGAUGAGGAUAUAGAAUUAGAAAUACAGAGAUAUUCAGAGUCUUUUUCAAGGCUUUUGGGUGAUAAUUUGGAGUUGAAGCUAUAUUAUGAGAGGAAUUGGAAAGGUGGGGACUUUUUGUGUUUGGUGUGUGGUGCAGUUAAAGGUAAUUCAUUGAAGAAGUUCCCAGAUUGUGUUGCUCUUGUUCAACAUGCUGUUUCCAUUCAAAAGACUAAGAAGAGAGUAGCUCAUCGUGCUUAUGCAGAUCAGAUUUGCAGGCUUUUGGACUGGGAUAUAAAUAGGCUUCCAAGUGUGGCACAAGAUACGUUUGAGUCCCAUGGUUGUGUUUUGCCCAAUCCAGGCCCUGUCCCCGAGGUAGAUAAAAUGCAAGAUGGUGCACUAGAUGAGGAAGAGUGAGUUCCUGGAUAGUUUAUAUCUUCCAUCUAAAGAUAUGGGCAGGCAGUUUCCAGAUAGCAGUGCACGAGCAGAAAAUUUGUUGUUAGAACAAUAGAUGUGAGUAAAUUAUUUACGUGUAUAGAGCCUUAGCAAGUAGAUUAGAACCUUUAGCUCACUCCUAUUCCUAUGUCGUUCUAAUUUCAAGUAUUGGCUGUGCAUAAACUAUCCUUAAAUAUUUGUACAUGUUUUUGUGCUACCUGGGUAGUUUGAGUUCUAACUUGCGUUUUGGUUGUUGAUUCUAGGUGCAUGUGGUCACACUUGCACUUCAGUUUUUAUUUUUCUUCCGGUUGUUCUGUUUUACAUGAAGAGCCUUGGAUAUAAUCCCUAUUUGAUUUUUUUCA